UAUUUAUUUUCUUUUUCUAUUACAAUUCUGAAAACUAGACCUUUCUCGAUGGCCCUCAUGACUUCGCAUUUGAUUUUUAGUUCCCAGGAGAUACUUCUCUGAAGUGCCUGUGGAUUUGUACAGUUGAAGGCAGGAAAAUUUACCACAUGUUUGGUCUUAUUUAUAACAUAUUUUAAGAGAGGGAUGAAAUAGAUUUUCUGAAGAAAGCAAAUCUCUUCUCAACAUGGCUUUGGAAGCUAUUCAUGCUAAAGCUCCCCAAAAGAGGAUCUCCCCCAGAAAAUAUAAUCCUGCCUUUUUCAAGCUACUGUUUGCUUCACUGCUGAUACUCUUCCUGCUGAAGGUGACCUUAUCAUCUGUCAUUUGCAUUUUUUUUUCCAAAAAUGUGCUCAGCGUGGAGAAAAAAAUGACUGUAAAAGGACUGGUGCACACAGAAUUGGAGUGUGUAAAGAACAAUUUGACUACCGAAGAGAAAGUCUGGAGCUGUUGCCCAAAGAACUGGAAGCCAUUUAACUCCCACUGCUACUUUUUCUCUACUGACUCAAAAUCCUGGAACAAGAGUGAGGAGAGCUGCUCCAGCAUGCAGGCUCAUCUACUGGUGAUCAACACCGAGGAGGAGCAGGACUUCAUAAUCCAGAAUCUGAAAACAGACUCUUCUUAUUAUGUGGGACUGUCAGAUCCAGAGGGUCAGAGACAUUGGCAAUGGGUUGAUCAGACACCAUACAAUGAAAACGUCACGUUCUGGCAUCCAAAUGAGCCCAAUAACAAAAAUGAACGUUGUGUCACAAUAGAUUAUCGUCUUCAGUGGGGUUGGAAUGAUUUAUUUUGUGAUAGAACUGAAAAGUCAGUUUGUGAGAUGAUGAAGAUCUACCUGUGAAUCAAACAUUCUCAUGGUACGAGUGGUUGGACUGACAUCCGUCAUUAUAGAGACAGUUAUAAGAUCUCUAUGUGAAGGGAUAGCCUUAGACUCUUAGGCACAUGAGCUACUAUUCCUAUUUUGAGAAAAGUUUUCACACAUUUACCUGUUUACUCCUUCCAUUGCUCAUCAUGGAGUGAGCACUUACUGAGCAUUUUCCAUGUGGCAAGGACUACACUGGAGACCCCUUUUGUGUACACCUAGAAACCACAUGAGCCCUUUUCCUAAUUUCUGUCUGAAUGCUGAAGGUUUAUUUACUAAUACAAUUACAUGAUAUAGUUCCUCAUGUUUUUCUCACUUUUCCCCCUGUUUUUAUUGUCUUUAUUGGCUUACAAUUGACAAAUAAAAUUGCAUGUA